AUGUCAGCCUCCACUCAACCCUGGCACCUGAAUGGAGGUGUUGGUUUCCCUUUCAAUGAGGAGAGAGUCAUAUCAGGUGGGGUGAACAGGAAUUCAGCAAUAAUCGGAGGCAUUAUUGCUGUGGUGAUCUUCACCAUCCUGUGCACCCUGGUGUUCCUGAUUCGUUACAUGAUUCGCCACAAGAGAACGCACCACACCAGUGAGUCCAAAGAAGACGAACACUCCGAAUCAACUGACACGGCUAUGAUCGGCACUGAGCCCAAUUUCACAGAGACCAUCGACGAAAGCAAGAAGGAAUGGUUCAUCUAA